UUUAACGCUAGCCUGAUCGAUAGAUAUUUGCAGAGCGAUGCGUACAGGGAACGCGCCGGCGGGCAAACAGAGAGAAGCGGAUCGAGGAUCACCGCAGCGCGUUUGGGAAUUUGGAACCCCGAUAAUAAUUAUAGAUGUAACCACGCGAGAGAUGUUCCCUGCAUAAACAUCGUCUUGCGCUCGAAUUGCAAAAUGCAUUCCAGUGAUUACAACUACUUGCAAAAGGAAACUGCACCCACGUUUCAAGACAACAGAGAUAUGAUGACAGUUGAACAUUUUAAAACUAUAAACGUAUCGCGAGCCAAUUCGUUUACCAACGAAAAGUGCUUUGGAAUAAAGAAUUGUCCAAAUUUUGAUUCAUCGCAGAAGGAAAUAUGGAAAUCAUGCAGAGGAAUACAGUAUGGAAAUAGACAGACUGAAGAUCUAGACUGUUCGCAAAUUCGACAUAACAAUCCGUCCUUUCAUACAAUUUACCCAAAUCAGAUGAGAGAAAAUAUUCAAUUCUGCUCAAAUGCAGUUAAAAAUAACUUAUUAUCAAAUUUAGGACAGUCAACAGCAUACGAUGAAAAUAUAACUAGCACGCAUAAAAAAGCUGAUAUGAAUGUUCGUCAGUUCGUUGAAUAUCCCGCGAGAUUUUUCAAAGAUCCACGGAAGUUUCAUGAAAGUAAAGAGACAAGUGGCUUGCAGCCGAGUCUGAAAAAUUCUCUUACGUUUGUGAAUGUUCCAACUUUGAAAUCUACUUUGGAAGAUCCUGUAAGUACUCAACUGAAAUCUGUUAUCGCGUCACCUGACCCCAUACCAUUCAAUGCGUUUCCAAGACGAACGAGCAUUACUUCACGGAAUGAAUUCUUAUUUACAAGUACCCCUAGAGUAUUGGACACAUUCGGCAAUUCAGCUAACAGCAACAAUAUUUUAAACACUGUAUGCACUAACAAAAUAUCCGAUAUUAGUAAGAGUAAUUAUGAGAGAUAUAACGCAAAGACAAAUGGAAAUUUGUUAGAAACUAAAGAAAUUGAAAAUACUGUAUGCACCAAUAAAAUGGACACAUCAAAGGCUGAUCAUGAAAAAUACAAGACAGCAGAAAACGGAAAUGUAAACGCGAUUAAUAUUCGCACAUUUAAUAUCAAAAAGCGAAUCCAUUCGUUUCAAGACGUAAGCACUCUCACGACAUGCAGUAGCAAUAGAAAGUUUAUUGCAACUGAUCAAUUUAAACACACUAUUUGCACUAGCAAAAUGGAUGAUCCUAAGACUGACCAUGAAAAACAUAAACUAGUAGAAAUUAGUGAUAUAAAUGUUACUAACAAAUGUAUGUGUAAAAUUAACAAAUCAGUUGAUUUGCUUCAAGAUGUAGGUACUCUUGCGGUACCUGAUAUCAAUAAAAGUUCGAUAAUUCAGUCCAAAAACACUGUUUGUAUUAAUAAGAUGGAUGACUAUAAGACUGAUCAUAAAAAGAAUAAAAGAGAAGAGAAAUCAAUUAACUUGUUUCAAGAAACUCUUACGCUUAGCACCGACAGAAACCCGACUGAAAGCAGAUAUGAAAACACUGUUUGUACUAAUAAAAUGGACAAGGUUUAUAGAACUCGAAGAUUCCAUCAUGAGAAACAUAGAGUAGCAGAAAGCUAUGCAUAUGAAAGUAACAAAUCAAUGAAUAUGCCCGAAGAUAUACCUCCUCUGACGACAUCCGAUGUUAACAACAACCUUGUCGAAAAGACUGCCCUUUCUAAGGGUCUAAGGAAUAUCCACAAAACUCAUGAAGCAUUACAAAUCAAUAAAUCCUUAAAUAAAAGAGCUGUGGAUUAUUGUACCAAUGCGAUUUGCGAUAAGAAUAAGUAUUCCAGUGAGCAACAAACCGAACGCCCGGCUUCAAACGCAAAAUCGACGUAUUGCGUGUCAACAAGGAUAAAGAAAGAGUUUCACGCAUACGAAUAUGAAAAUAAAUGCAUAAGCACGAUUGACAGCGCGUUGGACAUACUGCAAAGUAUAUUGCAUGAAGUGAAACGGUGCAGAGACCAAAACGCGACAAAGCACCAAUUGGAGCGUAUGAAAUGUAAAAAGGAGGAUCGUAAAAAUGAAAGAGAUGUUUUCAAUCCGACGGAAAUAUUGCGUCCAGAAUGCAUGAAGGUUCUAAAAGAAAUUAAGAAACACACGGAGACCCUUGAAGAGCAUUUGUUGAUUAUGAGUAAACAUGUGAAGAUUAAAAGGAAGGGGAACGAUAAGACCGUGCCCGUUUUGCAGAGCUACUGCGUUAUGCCGCAUCAGACGAAAGAUAUAGUAACACAGAAUCCUGAAAAAAAGAAUAUGUUCGUGCAGGAACCGUGUCCAGAUUUUCGAAAGCUGGAAAACGAUUCCGAUUUUAAAAGAAAUGAUGUGGUUCCUCAACGGGAAAUGGGUAAAAAAAGUGAAAAUGAAGAAGAUAUCGGAAAAGACGAAAAUUGCAAGGAAAUAGAUAUCAAACCGGUGAAGCACAAGGAUUAUUCGAAAAAAAUAAAAAAUGUUGAAAUCCAAAGCGUGAAAUCCGAUGGACCCUUAUUUCCCACUUUCGACUUGUUAAAUUUGCCAAUUGCUACUUCCACGCCUAUAAAGCAGAAUCAGUCGAAAAUCGAGGAUAACGUCUGUUGUGAAUCGAGUUACGCGCAAACGGUUAUAUCUACAGAAAAUCUGCGAAUAGCGCAAGUGAAGAAAAUUACAUCUAACAAAUUAAUAAGUUAUUGUAUAGACAAACAGAACAAAGCAGUCAACGUGGAAAGCGAGGAGGAAAUUUUGGAUGAAGCCGCUAUCGUUAUCUUUCUUGUAACCAAGACUAUAAAUAGUAGGUGUUUAAAAUCGAAAUACAAAAAGUCCAAGCUUUUGAAUUUCAAACCGCGAUGUGCAAUCGAUCCAUGCGUCGCUUGUGUUCAGAAAUUAACUAAAGAUAGACUAUUGCCCAGGCGGAAAAUACAAAUACCUAUUGUGUUCAGAGUCCCAUCCAUGAGAUGUAAAACUGAUUCUGAAUCUGAAGAAUUUGAUGUUGAACGGUUAACGGAUACCAGAGAUAUUAUAUGUAGUUGCAACACAUCGGAUUUAGGAAAUACAGUGUCUACGCAAUCGUCCAGUAGUCGAAUCACCGCUGCUACUUCGGUUCCUCAUGUCACAGUAAAUCCUAAUAAAGAAAGUAUGGCACAAAGAGCAGAAGGUUGUAUAUUAAGCUAAAGUAACGAAUACAAAGCGGCCAAGCCUUGGUUGCUUUUAGCCACAAAUUAUGUAUAAUUCUCAUAAGGAUAUCGUAAGAUUUUGGUAAUGCUUACAAAUAUUUUUUACGAUGUAUUUUUAUGAAUUGUAAAUUCUUAUAUUGAUAAAGUUACGCAGAGACUGUAUUAGUAUUUAACAAAACUUUCUAUUACAUUGUAUGAACAUGCAACUGAUGCGUUAAGAGAAUAUGUUAUUGUAUUUAGGUGUUUAUACUUUUUAUUCUCCGAAUUAAAUAAAGACAAGAUUUGAUUAUACAAAACUAAAAA